CCUGGCUGCUCGAUGCAGUAUAGUAAAACGUUUAUUACGCGAAGGCGGUUCGUAAAAGAUGGUAGUAGUACCAUCUAGAUUAUACUUUUGGCAAUCUCCGUGAAUAGUAUAUUUUUAAUAAAGCGAUUAUAUAUAUAAAGAUUCGAUUUUUAGUCGGCUUGAAUACAUCCGCAUUUGUCUAUUGCUAGAUUUGAGUCAGACGUGAAAAUCGCGCAGCAAAAACCAAUAAGGAGAUUGCUUUAUCACCAGUGUUAUUUGACUGUUAAUCAUGUCGCAGGGAAAUUCGAGUUCAUCGAAUUUGGAAAGCAAAAGCACUACAGCAUUUAAGAUUCUCCACAGUGAUAUAGUUGGAAGAUAUAUGGUGGCGAACAAGGAGUUAGAACCAGGCGAGGAAAUUGUCACAGAGAUGCCGUUCAUUGUGGGUCCAAAGGCAUUCACUUAUCCUUUGUGCCUUUCGUGUUACACGCCUUGGCCCCCAACGCCAAAUGAUAAACCGCUUUGUUCUAAAUGCGGGUGGCCUGUUUGUUCCACAGAAUGCGAAAAUCAAUCGCAACAUAAAGAUUACGAAUGCCAGAUAUUUGCACAAGCAAAUGAAAAGUUCAAUGUUGCGGCGGCUUUAGAGCAGACGAACGAAAAUGGUGUUCCUCAGUUAGAAUGUGUAACGCCACUUAGGUUGCUGUUGGAAUCUGAAAAAAAUCCUGAAAGAUGGAACAAUGAAGUAAAGCAGAUGGAAGCUCACAACAAAGUAAGAAGUCGAAAAGAACAUUGGAAAGCGGACCAAGUAAAUAUAGUGGAUUAUUUGAGAAAGCAACUCAAACUUGACAGAUUUUCAGAAGAACAAAUCCAGACAGCUUGUGGUAUACUAGAAAUAAACACGUUCGAAAUACGAACAGCGAAUGGAUUCAGUGCAAGAGCGCUUUAUCCAACAGUCGCGAUGAUGAAUCACUCUUGCGUUUCAAAUACAUGUCACAGCAUUUCACCGACAGAUUACAGAGUACGAUUGCGAACUACAGUUCGAAUUCCACCGGGUGGUGAACUUUAUGGAAGUUAUACACACUCUUUACUUCCGACUAUGUUGAGAAGAGAACAUCUUCUCGAAGGGAAGCACUUUGCGUGUGCAUGUCAGAGAUGUGCAGAUCCCACCGAGCUUGGAACACACAUGUCUUCCUUAAAAUGUAACAAAUGUGAUAAUGGAAUCGUGUUAUCCUUAGAUUCCCUAGACCCUGAUAGUUCGUGGAAAUGCACACACUGUGAAUUCUCGACCAGUGGAGCUGCGGUUCGAAAAGUAUUACAAAUAAUUCAAGCUGAAGUUGAUGCUGUGGAGGCAAUCAGCGGGGCUGACGGAGCCGACGCUAUUCAAGAAAGAGAAACGGUUAUGAAAAAAUAUCGUUCUGUUUUACAUCCUCGUCACGCUUUCCAGACGAUGUUAAGGCAUUCAUUAACACAAAUGUAUGGCCGCGUUGACGAAUAUCUUCUAGACGAUUUACCGGAUGUUGUAUUGGAACACAAAAUUGACAUGUGCCACAUGUUACUUCAAGUACUGGAUGUUGUAGAACCAGGUUACUCUCGUAUAAGAGGAAUGACAUUGUACGAGCUUCAUGCACCACUGCUUUUUGUCGCUAAAACUCUAUGGAAUGCAAACGCAAUCAAUGAAACUCAACUUAAAUCAAAAAUGAUCGAAGCUGCCGAAAUUUUAAAAGAGGCGGCAACCAUUUUGUGCUUGGAACCACCGGACACACCCGAGGGUCAAAUAGGUAUUGUGGCGAAAGAGUCGUUGAUUCAACUUGAACAGUCGAUCAGUAAUUUAUGAAUAUUUGUUGCAAAUAUGAAUGAUUAAAAUUUAUGCAAAAGUGUGAUAACGAACACUACAUGUCCUAAUAGAAAUAUUAAACAGCAAGUAAAUAUGUAUAUGUUUAACUAAAUAUGAACAUGUUUAGUAAAAGUAAAUUGUUACAUUAAUUUUGUUUCGACAAUAAUAUUUCUUUAACCUUGUGAUAUGUACAAAUAUUUCGUGAGUGAAAGUAUACGGCAUUGA